AUGUCUAAAGGCUUCUUCCCUUUCGAAAUGUUCAAGCAACAGCGCCAGGAGUCCUUCGACUCUUCGAAGUCGGCCAAGUCCCUCUCCAAGCCUUCCUCGGCUGCCCCCUCAAGAUCCCACUCCAUCCAGAGUGAGCCUGUCGACAUUGCAGCCACACCUGUGGCUGCAGCCCCCGUCCGCCCCAAGGUUUCCCGCAACUGGAGCUUCGGCCGUGUCCUCGACGAAGAGGAGAAGAAGCGCCGCCGCGACAGCCAGGACGAGCAGGAUCGUCUUGCCUUCGCCGCUACUCGCAAGUACUCCAGCUGCCAGCGCCGUAGCCAGGGAGCUGGCGUUAACUUCCAGAGUGGCUGGCAAUAA